UCUAGCUUCCGCAACAUGGCGGGACUCUCAUAGCUUCCUGAAUUACCCGAGGCAACUUUUUAUCUGCCGAUCGACGCCUGUCGUUUUGAUGUGCAGAGCUGCUUCUUUUCAGUUUCAGUCGAAAAGAAGCUUGGAGAAGAGAACUGCCGGCUGUGUGAUAUCACCGCUCGAGAGGGCAGUUCCGGAAGCAUCCAGUUCGCUGGCUGUCCAUAUACUGCAGGCGACUUCCUGUUUGUGUGGUGCGUGCGCCACAUCCAUGGCCUCUUGCAUGUGAGCUGAAACUGAGGCAUCUGGGGGGGGCCAGGUCGGGGAAGCUCGGGUGUAGGAGCCAGGAGCCUGCCCUCACAGCUGGUGGCAAGCUUUGGGGCUGCCCUCUGGAGUCAAAACACGGCAACAAUCUGGUGGCAGCAAUACCAACAUGGAUAAAUAUUUAUAUGAGGGUUUUUACAGCUACAACCCCGUGGAACACCAACAUGAUGAUGACUAUAUUCCUGUAGACCCAGGAGAUCACAUGGAGGUUGAGACGCCACUUGAGUUUCCUGUCGAGGGCACGAUGGAACAGCCCAAGGGAUGGUUGAAAGGACGAAAUUUAACAAAGGGUGUUACAGGCCUUUUUCCAGGUCAUCCCUAUGUAAAGUUCAUCCGCAAAGAAAGCCUUUCCAAUUCCUUAACACACAAUCGUCCCAGUGAAGCCCCAUCACCACCACCAACAGAUGGCCCACCCAAGAUACCUCAUCGCUUUGGCUCUGAUGUCUACUUCCUACGUCCUGCGCCCUGCAUGCACUGUCAUGACUACAUCUGGGGGCAGAAAACUGUUGGCAAGCGAUGUGAAGCUUGUGGGAAGUGUUGCCACACACUCUGUGCUCCCUUCAUCGUCAACUCCCACUGCAACCGUGACCGUGCAGCAGCUGCCAAGCUUGAACCCCACAUCUCAGACCAUGUUGUGCCGCUCGAAAGCUGGACCGUGAACAAUGUGAUCGAAUGGAUGGCAGCAUUGAAUUUGUACCGCUUUGCAGAGCUUUUCCGAGAAAAACAAGUGACUGGUGAAGACUUGAAAGUGAUGGAUGCUGACAAAUUACAUGAUAUGGGAAUAAAGGAAGAUUAUCACCAGAAGUCCAUUCUUGUGUGCAUUGAUGAGCUUUGUGGAAGGAACCCAGAUAAUCAACCUUAUGCCUCAAGUUUGCCCACCGCAGGACAGUGUGUAGAAAUGGAAGCUGCUGGCUGUUCUGGAGACUCCGAGCACCGUUUCGCCGAGUACAACUUCACGUCGUUACAGCGCUGUCACGUGUGCGACAAGUUCCUGUACGGCCUCGUGCGCCAGGGGCUGCAAUGUCGAGUGUGCGGCCUGAGCUGUCACCAGUUCUGCUCGGCUCAGCACCCGACCCAGUGCAACGUACCCAAGCUUGAGCGACUGCGGAGACAAAGUUUUUGUAUGAAUGGCGUGUUCGGCUCGGAGCUGGCGGAGGAGGUGGAAAAGUCGCGACUGGAGGCGCCUUGGGUGGUGAUACGAUGUGUACAGGAGAUCGAGAAGUGGUGCCAUGAACACAAAUCGGAGGCCUUAAGCAUUAUCGAAUUGGCCAGAGCAGAAGACAUCAAUGCGAUCAAGGCAGCAUUCAAUCUGGUGAGUGAGCCGGACAAGGUGAACCUGUCAUCGUCUGAUGUCCACAGUGUGGCGGGUGCCCUGAAGAAGUACUUGAGAGAGUUGCCCAACCCUGUCGUUCCAGUGGACAUGUACAACCAGUUCAUCGAAGUUGCCAAGACGGCCAGCAAGACUGACCUGACCAAGUCGUUGACGGACCUGGUGGAGGAGAUGCCGCCGGCGCACAAAUGCACGUUGGCCUACAUCAUGGCGCACUUCUGCCGCCUGUGGCGCAUGCAGACCGAGUCCGGCACUGCGGACGGCAUCGACAAACUGUCGCACGUCUUCUGUCACGUGCUGCUGCGCCCGCCCUGGGAGAAGAUCGUAGAUAUCAUCGAGAACACCAAGCUGCACAUCGACAUCAUCGAAGAGCUCCUGCGCAACGGCAACUGGGGCGAGCAGAUUCCCCCUAUCCCCUCGCCAAAUCCCAUCCUGCCUCCUCGAUUUCUAGGGUUCGACUUCCCAGGACCAGUCGUUGGACCCACUAUGCCAUCUCCAUCGUCAGCCGAGGAGCGUUUGAAGGAGGCAGAGUGGUACUGGGGAGAUAUCACCCGCGAGGAAGUCAACGAAAAGCUGAAAGAUAUGCCAGAUGGCACUUUCCUAGUGCGAGAUGCCACCACCCCGGGUGACUACACCCUCACGCUGAGGAAAGGUGGCAGCAACAAGCUGAUCAAGAUCCUUCACAAGGAUAGCAAGUACGGCUUCGUGGAGCCGCUAGAGUUCAACUCCGUGGUUGACCUCAUCCAGCACUACCAGACCAACUCUCUGGCCAUGUACAAUCGCACCCUGGACACGCGGCUCAUGUACCCGGUCAGCAGGAACAUGAACCUGGAGAGCGAGCUAACGGAGGACGUGUCAGAGGAGGUGAAAAACCUGAUCGAGGUCAACCGCCAGUACCUGGAGCGGCGGGCGCAGUAUGACCGACUGUACGCCCAGCACACACGCACAUCCCAGGAAAUGCAACUCAAACACCAGGCCCUGGACGCCUUCAAGGAGACCAUGGCCGUCUUCCAGGAGCAGAUGGACUUGCACCGCCGCAUGCACCAGGAAGCAGCGCCGCACGAGAUUCAGAAAUUGCAAGAGAACUACGAGCUGCUCAAGUCCCGCUACAUGAAGAUCCAGGAGAGCAAAAGCGCCCUCGAGGUCGACAUCAACCGCAAGUCGCACCUGAACCGCACGCUCAUCUCCGACAUGAACGGCAUGAAGCCCGAGAUCAAGCGGCUCACCCGCCAGCGCGACCAGCUCAAGAAAUGGUUGCUGGACCACGGCAAGACACACGACUUCCUCGACAACAUUCUGGAAGGAAAGAAGGACAGCCCGGCAGGGUCGUUGCUGCUGCCAGAAAGUGACUAUGGUCUGCCACAGAUGGAGGAGUCUCACUGGUUCGUCAACUGCCAGCGCUCGCGGGCCGAGGAGAUGCUGCAAGGACGAACAGACGGCACCUUCCUCAUCCGGCCCAAACCGGAGGAGGGCACAGUGCACGUGCUGUCUAUAGUGUGUCGCGGCAUGGUGGGCCACUGCAAGGUGCUGCAUCGGGACACCGGGUACGGCUUUGCGGACCCCUACUUCAUCUUCCCGACGCUGAAGGACCUGGUGAUGCACUACCAUCGCACGUCGCUAGCCGAGCACAACAAUGACCUGGACAUUCGCCUGCUGUACCCUGUGCGGGGCCCGGCCCCACCGCAGCCCCACAAUGACGUGUAUCUGCGCAUGCAGCAACAGUAGUAGUCCAGACUGCCUCGGACCACUCCCCAGCCCCGACAAUCUUCCCAGCAUGGAUGUCAUCGUUGCUGGCGGGAGGAGUGGGAGAGGAGGCUGCAGCGGUGUGUGUGUGUGGUGCGUGCGUGCGUGUGUGACUUACGGUGGUGCCAGCUGUGCUCACCCAUCCAGACCAAACUGUAUCGGCCACAUGCAUGGAUGGACAGACAUUCUGCUUUGGCGAUCCCCACUUGCAAGAGGACUGUACCACAGGGUCUGCAGUGUGGAUGGUGAUAAUCGUCCUUAUUUUUAUUAUUUUCUUUCAAUCUCUCGGAGUGUUUAGCGUCCUUCAAGACCGCUAGAGGAAAACAUUAUAUCUUCACACCCUUUGUCUUUCUUCAGGAAAGGAGUGUUUGGCCUUGUACGAUUCUCAUCUUCGUUGACUACCCUGAGCAACGGUAUCUGCACCAAAGUACAGCUCGAAAUGAUCGAAGUGUUUACGUUAUAAACAUGUGUCGCAAAGGCUGAUCCAUCCUUUCCCCCCCUGGACUCAAGUGAAUGCUGGGUAAUGGACCAAAUCAGUGGGUUUCUGUUGCAGGAAAGAAAGUUGAGGGUGCACGGGUGUAAAGGUGGUAGGCGCGGAGAAAGAACAGUCAACCAGCGUUGUUCUCUUGCAAUUUUUUUUUUUACACACGCGAGUGAAUACUGGUGAAACUUGUUAAAACGAGUGUUUUGUGAGUGGCGCGGAGAAAUAGUGUGUGGCAACGAAAGUGUACCAUUGGUUUACAUUCGUCAGACUGGACGUGUAGAUGCUUUUUUUUUCUUAACCCCACCCCUUCCCUCCAGUUUUGUAAGAGACAAGUGUGUUGGGAGGUGUGCGUAUAAAUAAUAAUUGGAGGUGGGUGGCCUGGAGACGUUUUGUGUCUGUGAGUGCGAUCAGCUGAGCUGCAAUCAGACUUGCAGUGAUGUUCAAUAGACAAGGAGAUCGCCAGCAUUGGAAAUAUAUUCGCGAGCUGCUUCAGCAGGAGAAACACAGCAAGAACAGCAGCGCAAAGAACUGAAGCUUAGGCCGGCCAGCCAGCCAGCCAGCCUCGCGUCUCUAAAAGACUCGGGAAGCAGCUUAAGACACAAGUCACACCCGGCCUUGCCAGGCCCACAGAGACGGGAAGUGCGUGUUGGUCCUGUCCAACACCCUUUUGAAGGCUUGUUCGAGGUCACUGUUUAAACGGGUACUUGUAAUGAUUUGUUUUGAGUCGCUAUAAUCGUUCCCCUGUAUCCAACCUCCCUCACCCUCCAACGCUGUGCCCCACCCCUUUGUCCACCCCCUUGCCUUCCUCAUGCCCUUGGUGCUUUUUUCAGUCCCCUACCCACACCCCAAGAGUCUUGAACUAUUUGUAUCUUGCUGGCAGGUUGUCUGCAAACUCUACUACUAGUGACUGCAAAAUGGCAAACACGCAUGUCUGGGUUGGUCACACUUGACAAAGCAGGCCUGGGAGCUGCUUGAACUUGUGGCUCUUGCACAGCACCUGGGGUGUUGCACACGUGAGGGGGAGGGGAAGAUGGUUGUCUGCUCGUGCCGCCGCCGUGCAGUUAGUCUUGAGCAGUCAUGGAAUGUUGUAGAAUUUUGUGGAGAUACCGUCGGCGGAGACGAGCAGCUGAAAAAAAUAGUUUUGUCCGUACUUCCUGAUUCUCUCGUUGUGCAGAGAGAUGGCCUUCAUUGGCUGCUGGCUUCUCACAAUUUGUUGACUGUGUGCAUGUGUGUGUGCGUGACACCUACACUAUAACACACGAAAGUUGUAGGUUACUUCGUGCUCAUUUGGAGGCCAUAUUCUCUUCUUCCACAUGUUCCUUCAGAUGGAACGGUACAUGCGCGUGCAUCUUACGCGCUCUCCGGUGAGUUAUUUUUCAUGUUUUAUAUGGCGAACGGCCAGCCCGACUACAAGGAGAACUGCUGGAAGUGGAUAGAGGUGGUGUUGGGAACUGGCAGGCAGCACAGGGCUUGUGCAGUGGGCCACUUCGUGGUCAGCCCGACUCCCACCCUGCCCCUCAACCCCCUCUCGGCAGUGGGUGUAGGGUACACAAGCUUCGGGGCUGGUAGGGGAGUGUGUCUCGAGCUUGGGGACAUUUUCCCACAACAGUGCACGCUCACACAAUCCUGAGACACCAACAUUCUCUCAAGUGCAAGUCGAGAGGGGAGGUUGGCGCAUGCUGUGCUCCGCAGUUCGUCCAUAAUGCCUUUAAUCGUAUAUGUAGGUAACAAUUGUGGUUUACCGUCCAUCAGCCUCUUAUCCAAGGCUCAGGUACGUCUCAGAGCAGAGGCACACCCCACCCCUUCUCUCUCUCUCCUCAUCAUGCGGUAGAUAAAAUCGGUCUUCCCACAAGACUUGUAGAAAAAACUAGGAUGUCCACACACUUCUUGGCAUCAUCGCUCCUGGGGACAGAGUCUGUGAGGGUCACAGUCGAGUGGUGCAACAAACCGCCGGCUUGAAACCUUGAUGGACACGGAGCAUCCACCCGACACCUCAUCCCGGGGAAUCUAUCGAUUGAUACUCUCAUUUUACAAUUUUGCACGGGAAGUUUAACAGCCACCAUCCCCUUCUACCAGCACUUAUUGUUUGCAACAAAAAAGGGGAGGCUGUUUUCUAUUUGAGGCGAUUUAAUUUUGGGUUUUUUUCCCCCUCUUCCCUGUUUUCUUUCAUCUUUUUAUCAUAAUGUCCGGUUAGGUGACCGCUGAUUAUUUUAGGAAGUUUGUCUUCAUUUUUUUUUUCCUUCUGCACAUUUCGCCACUGAAUUCCUGUAUCUUGGUAGUUAGGUUUUCAAGAAAUUUUAUUCGACAAAGUGUCGCAGGAUAGGUCCGUCAGUCCCCGGGACAAGCAGUCAGUUACUUGAAUCCCACUUCCCAUCCCCCCUACGCUUUGUUUUCAAGGGAACACUCGAAAUGAGCCAAUACUGCUAUCAAAUUUGCUUAAGAUCCUUUUUUGUUGAUUAAGCUGUUUCUCCGUAACACCUGGGUAGUCCAAUCGACGUAAAUACACUUAGUGGUUGUCUCUAGCCAACCUUUGCCCCUGAACCCCCACAACAAGUUAUGAGCAGAUCUUAGGGUGGCAAGCCCCAGUCGUCAGCGAAACCUUGGGGCCGUCCUCACCCGGGUGUGACGAUUUCAUGAAUUUCUGUAGGAACUGUCGACGUAAGGUCUACUUGGUAUCUAGUCAGGUUUCCUUGGUAACUCAGCGCGAGCAGCAGAGGCCUCGAGCGCCCUCGCACGGCAAAGGACCAGUAACCACAUUGAUAUUACGUCACAGUAGCAUUCCCUUGUUUUCAUUUUACACCUGCAUGGAGGGCCAUCUUCAGUAAUUGUAUAUUUUGAAUGCUUAGUUGUACAAAGAAAUCUUCCAAACGUGGCUGUAGUGUGUCAGUGGGGUGAAUGCUGGAACUUUCGGUCUCACACUACUGUACUAUACUACUUAACCGGUCCUUAACCGCGCGUGCUUUACUUGUGAUACAUAGGGCAUUGUGUGCACGAGCUGUGUGUUUGUGUGCGUGACUGGUGUAAAAACAAUCUGCAUGCAUGUCGACACAGUAGCAGGACAUUCUGGCAGCCAGGCAGUCGAGACGACCCUGCUUUUAUCGUCUGGCACCAAGGCUUUGGUUUUUGGCGAGGACAAAGGUGGGCGAGUUAGUUUGCCAAGUGUUCUACCCUGGGUAGCUCAGCCAUUGCUUAAGUCGACUUUGCCACGUGCGUGUACACAAGGCGCGCGCUGGUACCCGUCUUUCUUUGCACCCUGUUGUCAAAAGGUGGUAUCACGGUUGGUCCCAUCGAUCUUGAUAAGAGAUUACAAGUUCAGCCGACUGUGGGAGCGGGUAGAGGGGUAGUUGAGGUGAGACAUGUGUGCGCAUGUCAGUGACGUUUGUUCCUGUCUCCUAGCUUGAUGUACGUUCCUGCGGCUGAACUCAUUUUUUUUCCCCCAACUAUAUCUGCCUUGAACUUUCUCAAGCUGUCUUUCUGUCCCCUGCCCCCUGACCUCGAGGUCGAAGUGGACAAAUGGUUUGUCCAGUCGCUGCUCAUGUCACUUGGCUCGUCCACACCACGGUGCUGUUGAGGUCGUUGUCGAUGGCUGCGCCUGUGAUCUCGGGUACCUAGCGCUCAACAGAACUUCUUUCAAAGCGCAUUUAGCUGGGCUGCCUUACAGAGGGUGGGCGUGUGAGUGCGCGAGUGUGUGUGCUAGUGUGUACAAUGGGGUGAGUGAGAGAGUGAAACUUAUUUUUUGAUGGUGAUCGACGGACCUGCAUUCACUCGCUGCAGGUCGUCUAGGCCCGUGUCUUUAUUUUUUCAUAUCUUGGGAUGUUGAUGACUUAUUUUCUUGCAAUGGUGUGCGAGAAACGAAAAUUAACAGUUGCGACCAGAGUAUAUGUUUCCGUUCUUGCAAAACAUUGAAGUAAAACAGAAUAAGAAGAGUGUAUUGCUGUACAUGUAAUGAUGUAGGUCUAUUUGUACAGAACUAAACCGUUGACUACUGAAUAAAACACACUUGAUGUUAAA